AUGGAGAACAUGGGCUUCGAUCAUCGUCUCCCCGCAGCUUCGGUCCUUAUGCCCGGUCAAUUGCUGGAACGUCGGGUACAACGCCAUUGUAAUGAAGCAGGAAGAACGAUGAAGAAGGAUGUUCAAGUCCGUGUCGUUGCUCGUCAGCCCGUGCCAAACGGCGCAGCCAGUUUCUUCGUCUCCAAGAAAAUCAUGCGUUCUGUGGUGUAUACCCUCGCGGUGAUAUAUUCGUUUGUUUGCCUGUCGGCUCCUCGACAGCAAGCCCUGUCGCUGAAAAUUGCCUCGUUCAACAUCGAGAAGCUCGGGGACACGAAAAUGGGUCGCCCGCGAGUUGUCAGCGCGUUGGUGGAGAUAUUGGCCGACUAUGACCUUGUUGCCGUGCAAGAGAUAACCGACGUCGACGGCGAUGCGUUUCCGCGCUUGAUGUCGAAGCUGAACGAAUUCUCGGCAAGCAACUACGAUUAUGUCAUCUCCGACAGGGUUGGACGAACUACCGCCAAGGAGCAGUACGCUUAUGUUUACAGGCCGGACAAGGUAACCAUCUCGGACAUGUGGGUCUACGACGAUACGAAUCGAGACGUCUUCGAACGGGAGCCGUACGUCGCCACAGUCACCGCUGUCGAUUCGAAGAUACCCCGGUUCACGCUCGUGACAAUCCAUACCAAGCCAGUGGAUGCCGUGAUGGAAGUCGACGCUCUGGCCGCCGUCGCCGACAGCAUCCGCGGCUCUCCCCGUGCCGCGCAGAACGUUAUGAUUCUUGGAGAUUAUAACGCUGAUUGCUCUUACGUGAGUAACAAUGAUUGGCCGAGCAUUUCCUUGAGACAACGACCGGAAUUUCGGUGGUGGAUUUUAGAUGAUCAGGACACCACUGUGCGUGAGAGCACCCAUUGCGCGUACGACAGGAUUGUUACCGUGGGACCUGAUUUCGAGGACUUGAUUAAUCCGUCCUCCGUGAUCAUCCGCGACUUUACGACGGAGUUCGAUUUUUCCGGAGAUUUCACCCCCCUGAAUGUAUCGGAUCAUUUUCCGAUCGAGCUCCGACUGGAGCCGGUUGCCAAGACGGGGGAUUUCAUCGAGCCGAAGAUUUAUGCUGCGGUGAAAAAUUCGUCUGUCAGGAGGGAAAAUAUUGACGCUUUGCUUGGAGUCGAGCGGGAGCUGAGUGGAAUUGGGCGCUUGGAACAGCAGCUCGAUUCGAAUGGAAACCUCGUCGCGGUCAUUUUUGUUUCGAGACCCAUUGAAUCGACGACCGACCGCAAGCAAAUUAUCCUACGUUUGACACAGUUAGCGCCGUACAUCGUGUCGCCGAAAGCCGUCAACUCCCUGGAAAAAAAGUUUUCGAAGCUGAAAAAACAAGGCCAAAGAGAAAUUUCAACCGGAAUUCAGCAGUCACAUUCGCAAAUUCUGUCGAUCCGUUGCUCACCGAAACCAAAGAAGGAAUCCUUUUGGAUGUGCGGAAUUUUUAUUUCUGCAUAACAUGCUUGUUAUGAUGUUAUUAUGUUGUUUUGUUGUUUUGUUCACCGAUAUUCAUCAGAUAUUCUUUUAUAUCUGUGCGAAGCUUUAUAGUGAAUCGGUUAUUCAUCUACGGUUUCAAUAUUUGAGAUAGUUGGUUAUGUAAAGCUUUGCGUGCCGUGCGAGGAAUGGGUAUAGCUUUGGAUAGGAUGUACUGUAUUGGACUCAUGACGAGUUUUGUACACAAUGCCAGCAGAUAUUCAUAAGGGGCAUACUUUUUUUUAUUAUUCUCAAUGUGCCCGGGAUCGCUUCGAAUUUGUUUUAGGACCGUGAGCGUGAAUCGGUCGAGUGUUAUUUUCCACCUUCCCGUGAAGAGGCGUUUGACUAUACUGUACUGCAUAUUGUUUAACGAUAUUAUUACAUGAAAGACGAUUUCGAAGCGGAAGUUUAGAAAGAAUGACAUCUGUUGCGCAUAACUGAAACGUA